UUUAUUUGAAGUAGCAGCAGCAGCAGAAGCACUGUAGCUAAGUGUAGUCGUGUUGUGAAGUCAGUGUUGUGUUGCAGCUGCAGAUAAAGAUAAAGAUGAAGUCUCCUGUGCUGCUGCUGCUGCUGCUGCUGUUAGUAACCGUGUGUUUGAAGAGUCAGUGCUGCGCUCUGUCUCUGUCUGUGUCUCCGUCUACAUCUUCAUGCUCCCUCCCUCCAUCACAGUGGUGCUCGUCUCUGGACUCAGCCUCUCGCUGCGGGGUUUUGAAGCAGUGCCUUGAGUCUAUCUUCACCAGGUCCAAGCAGACCGUUGAUGCAGUCCAGGUCGGGCUUUACUACGAGAGUCUGUGUCCCGGCUGCAGACUUUUCCUCACCACCAUGCUCUUCCCCACUUGGGUCUUGCUGCAGGAAAUCAUGACCGUAACUCUGGUGCCUUACGGAAACGCUGUGGAGAGACCUGAUGGGCAGAAGUAUGUUUAUGACUGUCAGCAUGGAGAACAAGAAUGUCUGGGCAACAUGAUUGAGACGUGUUUGUUAAACAUGACAGAAAGCGCUUUCCCCAUCAUCUUCUGUAUGGAAUCCUCAGCUGAUGUUAUCAAGUCGGCCACGAGUUGUGUGGAAAUCUACGACCCCGAUUUGAGCUUGGACAAACUCAAGAGCUGUGUGACGGGGGAUCAGGGAAACCAGCUGAUGCAUCUGAAUGCCAUGAAGACCAAAGCGCUGAACCCCCCGCACAAAUAUGUGCCCUGGGUGACCAUUAAUGGGGAGCACACAGAAGAUCUUCAGGAUCAAGCCAUGGAUUCUCUCUUCACUGUGGUCUGCAACAUGUACAAGGGCCCUAAACCUCCGGCCUGUGGAGGAAAGUAGAGACACUAAAAAGCUACAGCCGUAAGGAUGAAGGAGCAGUGCAGCACUAGCUGUUACACCUGCUCUCCUCCAGGUGUGGCCUGGCCUAUAAUGGCUUAAUGAAAGAUAUAUUUUUUUAAUUUGUGAUUUUACAGUUUCCUUUCUAAAGGGAAGACUCGAUGACCUCAAUUUUUUAAAAUGACCAAAUUAUAAAUGCACUGAAUACUAACUGAGAAUUGUCUCGUUAUUGAAAAGGUAAAAACUGAAACAAUUAAAAACAUGUUUGUCUCA